UCUUGUAUCGCUACCAUCAUACCUUCAUUCUCUUCUUGACAGUACCAGGGACAGGAGGGGAGUAACCAGUUUUCCCAAUACCAACGAACGACGAUACCAAAGCCAAAAUGCGUUCUGUCAUACUUUUCGUUCUAUUCCUCAUACUCCCGGGACCCUUCCAUGCGUUGCCCACACCUGCCGACGAAGCCACAGUCCCAGACAUGCCCCUCCCCGAGGCCAUUUUGGCCAUCCAGUCGACAGUCCAGGCCGCCUCAACUCAGGGUUCCAUCGACAUUGGCGAUCUCCAGAGGCUCCUGGAUAUUGUUGCAGGCCAUGUCGAGCGCAUGCGCGAGGCCACCCACGGGGGCGGAAAGCCCGACAGCGCCACUCCUCAGUCCAAGGGUCGGGUUCAGAACGGCGGAGGAGGAGAAGACGACGGCUACCGCGACUCGUACGCCAAUGGCAACGACGACAGCUACGGCAACCGCAACAACAACGGCAAUAGUUACGGUAGCAGCAACAGCUACGGGAAUGUCAACGCUUACGGAAACGGCAAUGCCUACGGCAACGGCAGAGGCAACGCGGCCAACGCAAACACUCAAGGGGGAGGCGGACUCUGGGGAGACGAGAACGGCGGACUCGUCAACAUCACCUGCAAGGGCAUCAGCGUGUGCAACCCCGUGACCAUCUACAACGAGGACGGCGGAAAGACAAUCGAUAGGUUGGGCAAAGCAGAGAAGAAGGCCGAUGUAGAGGGUAGUAAGAAUGCUGGGAAAGUCAUGCGCGGCAGAUUUCGACACUAGGAAUGUUAUUGCCAGCAUCAGUGCUGCUGCCAACAUUGAUGCUAUAGCCAACGACAGCGCUCGCAUCUCGGAUAAUUCUCGUGGUUAUCUCUUCGUUGGGAAGAAAGAAUUGAAAAGGAAACCUGGAGGAGAACAGAAGGGAGAUGCACUGGCGGAGUGCCAUCCGGCCUUCGUUGUGUCCUUGGAAGGAUCAUGAACGGGACUCUGGAAAAGCCCCCCCUGGCGGUGCAAGACGGCUCAAGUGUAUGAUAUGACAA